GUGCCAUGUAACAUCGUUUUGGUCGUUUGCGUGAAUAAUAAUUGUGUCUGUUGUUUGAUUGUGACAUUGUAUUACUGUUUACUCCGUGCUCCGAUUACCAAUGACGCAUAUAUUUAGAUACAAAUACAUGGCGACAGGGGAAAUCCAAGAAUUACGAUGAUGUCACUUUAGUUUGAAAUCAUGAGUCAUACGUACAACCCCAGACCGUCGAAUACUAAAGUGCGUGGUGCUGCCAGUCGAGGCCGUGGUACAAACGCUGGUCAAAGACGCAAUCCAAGCCCGAGAAGAAACCCUACUAAAGUCCCUGGAGUUGGGAGGCAGGGACGAUCAGUUGAACAAAGUAAAAUGGAAGACGGGGAGGUUAACCCAGGUACAGAUUAUGGGAAAGCUGGUGAUUUGAAGCAGCGAGCUGAAUAUUGUGGUGCCUUCACGAAAAUAACACCGAACGAAAAAAGACGAAACCAGGUCGCACGUCAAGCUGCGGAGGAAGAAAGAAUGUACGAGGAACAUAAAGCCAGCAAACGAAUUGACUAUAUUUCCUUGCCGCCACAGACAAUAGGAGGAGGGGCGGUGACUGAACAUGAAGUUCGGAGAAAACAAUCAGUCGAACAACGGCAGAAUGCAGUGCAGCAAAGAACAGCCAGAGCUACUUAUAGAGAGAAACAAAAAGCACAAGAAGAAGCACAACUUAGAGAGAAGAAGGCGAAGGCCAGACAACAAACCGAAAGGAACAAGGAACGAGCAGAGAACAGAAAAGAAAUGUGGGAUGAAGAUCGCAAGAAAAAAAACGAUGAAUUCCUAAGAAGAUUUGAGAACAAACCUAAAGUUAGGUCAUCAGCAUCUGAUCAUAGCAGUGACACUACUACCAGCACUGCCUCGCACAUGAGCAUGCCAAAUUCAGCCAGUCAUCAAAGGUCAGGUCGGCCCCUUGACCAGUUAAUUGAAAUGUUUCCAGAUCAUGACAUUUCACAGUUGUCUCAGGCCUUAGAUCAUGCUAAUGGUUCUGCAGAUUUGGCAGUGAGCUUCCUUAUAUGAGUUUGCAUAUAUUGUAAUAUCAAUAGGAUUAUAAGUUUUUACAAAUAUGGUGUCAUAUUUUGCUGUACAGUUACAAUCUGAUUACAUCAAGAUGUUCGGUGUCAUCUUCAAAUUUUAUCGGUUACCCAUUCACAUGAACUCCAAUACAGAACUCAUCCACACGAGUAAGUUACCCAACCAAGCCAAACCUAACCAAUAAAAAUUGUUUUAUUUCAAGAAUA